GUCCAUCAGAUUCCGCCCACAGUCACACUCACUCCACUCAGCUCUGUGCUUGCGUGUGUUUUUCUUUUUUUUUAUUUUCUAUCGGUUUCCAUUAACCUCUGUGUUUCAACUUUAAAAUCUUAGUCCUUGGUGCUUCAUAUAUAAGGACAACCUGUAGGACAGAUAGGAUUUUUGUACAAAAACAUUUUGCAGACCGGCGCUAGUCUGUAAGAGUAACAGGUGUUCCGUCGGUACGAACAGAGAUUUCGUCCCGACAGAAGUCAUGUCAGCUGACUUUCUGCAGAGGAUCAACACUUUAACACUGAGUGUCAAGCAUCUCGGCCACCUCCCCCAACUCUCAGACCUUGUCCCCUCUUGCCAGCCUACGGUCACCUCCUUAGAGGUCCCCCUACUGUUCCGAGAACCCUACAUACUGACCGGCUACCGCCCGGUCCAGCAAAACUGGCGCUGCUAUCUUCUAAGCCUCUUUCAGCGGCACAAUGAGUCCCUCAAUGUAUGGACACACUUGCUGGCAGGUCCCGUGUUACUGUUCCGCUGGUGGGCUAACGCAGAGGCCCUGGGUUUUACCUUGGACGCAGCAUCUCUACCUCUCUGCCUCUUCAUGGUAUCGUCUCUUACAUAUCUGUUCCUAAGUGUGGCAGCUCACCUCUUACAGUCUCACUCCGAACACUCACACUACUUCUUCUUCUUCAUGGACUAUGUGGGUGUCGCUGUCUAUCAAUAUGGAUGUUCACUUGGUCAUUACUUCUAUUCAUCGGAGCCAGCAUGGAGAAAGAACGUUGGGCUUUUCUUUCUACCUGGUGCUGCCUUAUUCGGGUGGCUGUCCUGUGCUGGUUGUUGUUUUGCCAAGUCCAGGUACAAGCGACCAUAUCCACUGCAACGUAAAAUCUGCCAGCUGAUCCCCACCUGCUUUGCCUAUCUGCUGGACAUAAGUCCCAUAGUUCACCGCCUUUCCACUGUUUCUUGGAAACAAGAGGGCUCUCUGCCCUUUCAUGCACUCCAGAUAGUCUUUUUUCUGUUUGCUGCAUUAUUCUUUUCUUUCCCCAUCCCUGAGCGUUUCUUUCCAGGCCACUGUGACUUUGUGGGCCAGGGUCACCAGAUCUUCCACUUGUUUCUAUCCAUGUGCACCAUUUUCCAGCUGGAGGCUCUGUUCAGGGACUACGCCAGAAGGCAGCAUACAGUGCUAGAGAUAUUUGGAGAGCGGCAGCUAUGGUGGGCUUUUCUGGCCUUCCUUGCGCUCUUCAUUUCUUGCAUCCUGACAGCCCUUAUUAUAAUGAAGCAUAUUAACAAGGAACUGCAAAGUAAGCAAGAGAAAAACAAGUGAGAAACGAUUCACUUUGUAUGAGAAAAUGGCCUUAAUUCGUAAUGGUACACGUAUAUGUAUUUAUAUAUGUGUCUAACAAUCUGUGCGGAAUGGAAUUCUUAAUCAUUGUUGUAUCAAGAAAGAAAAAAGUUUUCCAGUGAAUCUUAAAGUUUUGUGAGGGGAAUUUCCCUGUUACAGGUGACAGAAGCUGUUCUGGAGAGGCUGUUUGAAGAUAUUACAAUAAAUCUAAGAUGACUUUCUUUUUAGUUUGUUUUUUCAACGAACAGAUAUACA